AUGUCGAUCCAAAAUGCUGAAUACAAUCCCACUUUUGCUACUCUCUCGAAAAAACUGCCUACCGUUUACUUGUCUCAUGGCGGUGGUCCGGUUUUCCAUAUGGAAGAAUAUGAAAUGCCCAUGCUUAAAGAUAUUACAAAACACACUAAAACUGUAGAUUGGUAUCGGCAAUUAAGUAAACAAUUAGGAUUAGAUAAACCUGAAACAAAACCUAGUGCAAUUGUUUUAAUAUCAGCCCAUUGGGAAUCAAAUCAAGCCGUACGAAUAACGUCACGGGCUGAUUAUCCAGACCUGUUAUAUGAUUAUGGCGGUUUUCCAGCUCAUACGUAUGAACUAAAAUAUCAUGUGGCUGGCUCACCUCAAUUAUCUAAACAAAUACAAUCUCUAUUGACUACAGCUGGUAUUCCAUGUAGACUUGAUACCGAACGCAAUUUUGACCAUGGGGUUUUUGUUCCCAUGAAGCUAAUUUAUCCUGAUGCUGACAUUCCAAUUGUCCAAAUCUCCUUAUUAGUCGGUUUAUCACCUUCGAUGCAUUUGGCCAUUGGUAAAGCAUUAGCUCCGUUAAGACAGCAAAACGUACUAAUCAUCGGCUCUGGGUCGACAACGCAUGGUUUUAACAAUGUAAACAGACAAAAAGCUCGGGAAUUUGUCGAUACAUUAACAAGCCUUUUAACACAACUCUCAUAUGAAGAACGUGAAAAGUCCUUAUUAGAAUGGGAUAAAGUAUUACCCUAUGCGAAAAGAUUCCAUGCAAGAGAAGAACAUCUUAUCCCAUUACAUGUUGUGGUUGGUGCAGCUAGUGAUGGUAAAGGGACAAUGUUAUACGAUUACUUAGGCGGUACUGACGGAACACUAGCUCUAACGUCAUACAAAUUUGGAUAA